GGUGGAGGUGGCGUCAAGUGCAAAUUUAGAAAAUUCAAUUUCAAGGGUCAAAUAUCAAUUGUCAGGAGAAAAAGGGCACAGGUUUAAUAUAUGUGGAAAAGGACCCCUUGAUGUUAUAAAAGAAGCAGCCUACCGAGCAAUUGAAAGACAAAAAAAAAAUAAAAAUAACGAAGUCCAUCCGAACAAGCUACGUUCCAGAUGUAGAAGCUCGGACAAUAGAGUAAGAAUUGAGGGAAGGACAGUAUCUUCCAGAUAUGGAAAUGGAAGAUUGGGUAGAGAGUAUGAGAGGGGGGGACUUGGUGGUUGUUGAUGAAGCUGGUAGAUCAACAGUUUCUCAAGGGCAUGGAGGAGAUCUUUCAGACACAGAAAAAUUGACAGAGAGCAUAACCGUAGAAGGGUAUAUGCUUAUCAACCAAGGUAGAGUUUCGUCGGAAGGGCAAGAGACAGAUGUUUCAGAUGUGGGUGUGGAGGAUUUGACGGAUGACUUCAUUAUGGUUGCCGACGAAAGUAGGGUUUCUGAAGGGCUUUAUACACAUAAAGCUAAAGGAGAAGCAUUACUGACAACAGAGGUGGUAGGUCAGGGUUUUGACAAAAAUAGGGAGAUGAUCUGGUCUUUGUUGAUGAAGGAUGAAAUCUCAAGUAUUGGCAUUUAUGGGAUGGGCGGUGUUGGUAAAUCAUCAUUGGCAACGCAUAUCCAUAAUCAGCUUCUACAAAGACCAACUUCUUUCAAGUAUGUGUUUUGGAUUACUGUAUCACAGGAUUUUAGCAUCAGUAAAUUGCAGUAUCUUAUUGCCAAAGCUAUUAAUUUAAAUCUUUCAUAUGAAGAUGAUGAGAAGAAAAGAGCUGCCAAGUUGUAUAAAGCAUUAGUUGCAAAGGGAAAAUCUGUUCUUAUUCUAGAUGAUUUGUGGAAUCAUUUUCAUCUAGAAAAGGUGGGGAUACCUGUUGAAGUGAACAUGUGCAAGCUGAUUCUCACAACUCGAUCAUUGGAAAUUUGCAGGCGGAUGGGUUGCCAAGAGAGAAUCAAAGUAGAGCUUCUUACUAAGGAAGAAGCUUGGACUUUGUUCAAGGAAAAACUUGGGCAUGAUGCUGCACUCUCUCCUGAAGUUGAACAGAUGUCAAAAUUGGUUGCAGCUGAAUGUGCUUGUCUGCCACUUGGGAUUAUAACAAUGGCAGGAAGCAUGAGGGGAGUGGAUGACUUAUAUGAGUGGAGGAAUGCGUUGACAGAAUUGAAACAAUCAGAAGUUAGGCCACAUGACAUGGAACCUGAGGUAUUCCAUAUUUUGAGAUUUAGUUACAUGCGCUUGAAUGACUCAGCAUUGCAACAGUGCCUCUUAUACUGUGCAUUCUUUCCAGAGGGUUUCACUAUGGAUAGAGAGGACUUGAUAGGGUAUUUGAUUGAUGAGGGGAUAAUUCAACCAAUGAAGAGCAGGCAGGCAGAAUUUGAUAAAGUUCAGGCUAUGCUUAACAAUCUUGAAAAUGCCUGCUUAUUGCAAAGUUAUAUAAGAAAAGAAAACUACAGAUGUUUCAAGAUGCAUGACUUGAUUCGAGACAUGGCUCUCCAGAAACUCAGAGAGAACUCCCCAGUCAUGGUUGAAGUUAGGGAGCGACUAAAAGAAUUACCAGGCAAGGAUGAGUGGAAAGAGGAUCUUGUGAGAGUUUCGUUAAUGGAAAAUCGCCUCAAGGAAAUUCCUUCAAGUUGUUCACCAAUGUGUCCCAAACUUUCAACAUUAUUUCUAAACUCAAAUAUCGAGCUAGAAAUGAUUGCAGAUUCCUUUUUCAAGCAUUUGCAAGGGCUCAAGGUUCUUAAUCUAUCAAGUACUGCUAUCCAGAAAUUGCCAGGUUCCUUUUCUGAUCUAGUGAAUAUCACUGCAUUAUAUCUCAGAAGGUGUGAGAAGCUGAGGCACAUACCAUCAUUAGCAAAGCUUAGGGAGUUGAGGAAAUUGGAUCUCCGCUAUACUGCACUUGAAGAACUGCCUCAAGGCAUGGAAAUGCUGUCCAAUCUCAGGUAUCUUAAUCUUCAUGGAAACAGUCUGAAGGAGUUGCCUGCUGGUAUAUUGCCUAAUCUCUCCUGUCUAAAAUUCCUCAGCGUUAACCGGGAUAUGGGCUUUUUCAAGACCAAAAGAGUAGAGGAAAUGGCAUGUUUGAAGAGCUUGGAAACUUUGAGAUACCAAUUCUGUGAUCUUUCUGACUUCAAGAAGUACCUCAGAUCUCCAGAUGUGAGGCAACCUCUAAUCACAUACUUCUUCCUAAUAGGACAACUAGGCGUGGAUCCAACCAUGGAUUAUUUACUUUAUAUGACACCUGAGGAAGUCUUUUAUAAGGAAGUUUUGCUGAAUAAUUGCAAUAUCGGUGAAAAAGGAGGGUUCCUUGAGCUCCCAGAAGAUGUUUCAGCUUUGUCAAUUAGAAGAUGCCAUGAUGCAAGAAGUUUGUGUGAUGUUUCUCCAUUUAAACAUGCACCUUCACUAAAGUCCUUCGUGAUGUGGGAGUGUGACAGGAUAGAGUGCUUAGUUUCAAAGUCAGAAUCCUCCCCAGAAAUAUUUGAAAGACUUGAGUCUCUAUACCUUAAAACUUUGAAGAACUUCUUUGUCCUCAUUACAAGAGAAGGAUCUGCUACACCGCCACUGCAAUCUAAUUCUACCUUUGCCCAUCUUAAGUCCUUGACAAUAGGUGCAUGUCCAAGCAUGAAGAAUCUGUUCUCCCUUGACUUGUUGCCAAAUCUCAAAAACUUGGAAGUGAUUGAAGUUGAUGACUGGCACAAAAUGGAGAUAAUAGCUAUGGAGGAGGAAGAAGAAGGCACUAUGGUUAAAGAUAGCAAUAGCAUUAGCAACCGCAACACAGUUACCAAUCUCUCAAAAUUAAGGGCUUUGAAAUUAAGCAAUUUACCGGGGCUGAAGAGCAUUUUCCAUGGGGUAGUGAUCUGUGGCUCUCUACAAGAGAUUCUUGUGGUCAACUGCCCAGAGCUUAAGAGGAUUCCCUUCCUUGAUCCGGUCCUUGGCAUUGGCCAAACACCUCUUCGAAGAAUCCAAGCACAUCCGAAAGAGUGGUGGGAACGAGUUGAGUGGGGCAAUUCCAACAGCAAGGAUGUCCUUCAGCCCCUCUGUGUGUUUCAGGAGGCUUAGUAUUAUUAGCAGGAGAAGGAGGCCGGCAGUCGAACCAUAUGCAUGGUAUGGCUCUCAUUCUGUAUCUUGUAUCCUUGUAAUUCAUAUCUCUAGAUAUCUUCCUCCCAUCUGUCUCAUUUCAGUUUCAACAUUGUUGGUAUGUCCAAGUGUCAACCUUCCAUUGGUUUUUCCAUUUUAUCAUUCCUCACUUCCACUUGCGCCAUUUUUUUUAUCUCAGGUCUAGAGAGAUUUGAGAAGCAACCAAGUUCACUCCCCUAGAAUGAUCACCAGAAACCUAAAGAAUUGAAGUUUGGAGGGAAGGUGCGAAUAAAAUUGGGAAGAGAUGCAUGCAGCCUCGGAGAAAUUAAAGCGAUACUGAAGGACAAUCAGCCAAAUGUGGAGAAGGAACAAAGCCUCCGGAGAAAGUACAGUGAAGGCAUCAAGUGAUCAUUCUAGAAACUGAAAAAAAUAAAAAUAAAAAAUCGUUCAGUUUUGGCUGGCAACAAUUUUAAUUUUUUUUUUUUGACACUUCACAAUGCUGUUCUUGUAAAAAGGUCCUCUUUACGAAGAACAGAUAGGGGGGGAGUGCUGAUCUCAGAAGAGUCAAUUGGAGGGUUUGUAAACCAUGUAUACUUAAGUGGCAGGAUGGGAAAAGCGUCUUUAGCUCAACUGGGUUGGAGAAUACCGACGGCAAGGAUAUAAUAUGAAUGAGACAGAAGCCUGUUUUGACGCACUAAAAGUCAAUUCCAAAACUGGAAGCGACGCUGCAAAGAGCUUCUCACGAAUGGCAAGGGAUCAACAAAAAGAUGGAAGAAGCCAUUAUCUCCAUCUAGAAGUCAACAACAGUAUUUGUCACUUAUUAUUCGUGUAUUGUCCUCUGUCCGAAAGGCGCAAAAAUGACGAUUGUUUCGAAGAUAAAGCAACAUCUGCAAAA